GGUAGUCACUACUAGAAAACUUGAAUGUAUCUUAUUAUUACGUACAAAUGUUAGGUAUAAAGUUUGGAGUCUUGAAUAUCCUUCUUUGUGAAUCAACCUUGAAUUUACAUUAGACUAUUUUUAUGAAUCAAAUCGUAGUGCAACUUUUAAUACAUUUUCUGAACUUGUAUUCGACAGUAUGAAACACAGAGAAUAGAAAUAGUAAUUCAUUCGCAGUGACGAAAACUUAGUAAGUACAGAUUUCACUAAAUAAUAAACCGUAGUAACAAAAACCUUGGCAAAUAGCCUUGUUCAUUGAUGCAUGCAUCUCCGAAACCUCUGGCGUCCGAUGUAACACCUAAAAACUGUCUGUCGCGAGUGUUGUGUCCCAACUGAAAAUAGCUGUAAACGUUAUCGCCUUAUCAAAAGAUUAUUAUGUGCACAAGUGUUCAGUUGAUACAACGUAAUGGGCAAACCAUUAAGUAUCAAAAUACUGAUGGUUACGGAGCAAUUCAAAGGAGAUACACAGAAAAACGUAUGGAGCGUAACGAGUUGACAUUAAGUUUCCAUAAUUUAAUCAAACGAGAUGAACAACUCUACGGAUACACAAAUCACGCUAUGGAGACACCCACUCCGACCAACUCUCCUGGGGACUGUCUCCAAGGGAUCUUCCAGCCUCUGGACUCUUUGAAUCCAGGUUUAGACUCUGACUUUGAUGAGAGUCUAGCUAUACCGGAGUCUAUAAUAGACAUAGAGAAAACUAAAGAGGAACCUGAUUCUGCUCCAUUAUCCUCUUCGGUGCCGUUCAAAGCGAUCCACAAUGCACCUGUUAAGUUUAAGUCGGUGCAUCGAAAAGUGUUCAUACCAGAUGUUGAGAUACAAGUGAAAUUUAUAGAAAACGAAAGAAGCGUCACCACACAUCUGCUCAACCCUAAUUUGUACACAAUUCUUCUCCAGCAUGGUGACUUCACGUGGACCAUCAAAAAACGGUACAAGGACAUCUUAUACCUCCAUCAGCAACUUAUAUUGUACCGCGCCUCACUCAACAUACCGUUCCCAUCGAAAACUCAUAAAUCGAGACGAGCUAGUUUCAAAAACACAGUCAAUACGGAGGAGAAAGCUGAAAAAAUGGCGCUUGAAGCGCUGCCAAGGAGUAAUUCUAAAAAGCGAGAAACACGGCCGAGGAAAAGAAAGGGCGCCUUGCCCAGGUUUCCAAAGAAGCCUGAAGUUAUGAUCACAUAUGAAGGCAUCCAAUUGCGAAUGAAACAGCUGGAAGAGUACUUGUUUAAUCUACUUAAUAUACCUUUAUAUAGAAAUCAUCAUGAAACGGUGCAAUUCUUAGAAGUGUCCAACUUAUCAUUUAUAUCCGAUUUGGGCAGCAAAGGGAAAGAGGGAAUGAUCAUGAAGCGAACAGGUUCUACACAGCCGGGACAAGCCGGCUGCAACUGUUUUGGACUACUCGGCACUAUGGUGUGUGUCAGAUGCAACUACUUCUGCACGGUGCUGGUCUGUUCCAAGUGGCAGGAGAGGUGGUUAUUCGUGAAAGACACGUUCUUCGGGUACAUCCGGCCCAGUGACGGCAUUGUCAAAGGUGUUAUGCUGUUCGAUCAAGGGUUCGAAGUAUCUAGUGGUAUGUAUUCAACCGGGUUGAACCACGGUCUGCAAAUACUCAACAACAGUCGACAAAUGGUCAUCAAGUGCUGGACCAAGCGGAAGAGCAAAGAGUGGAUGCAGUUCCUCAAAACUGUAGCUAAUCAGAGUGCACGUGAUUUCACAUACCCCAACGUGCACCAUUCCUUCGCGCCGCCUCGACCAGCUACUCCGGCCGCCACUUUCGUGGACGGUUCCUCAUACCUGUCAGCCGUCGCUGAUGCCAUGGAGCUCGCCAAGGAAGAGAUCUUCAUCGCGGACUGGUGGCUCAGCCCGGAGAUUUACAUGAAGAGGCCCGCACUGAACGGAAACUAUUGGAGACUUGAUACCUUAUUGAAGAGGAAAGCGGCGCAGGGCGUGAAGAUAUUCAUAAUGUUGUACAAAGAAGUUGAGAUGGCGCUUGGUAUCAACAGUUACUACAGUAAAAGUAGAUUGUCCAGCGAAAAUAUUAAGGUUUUCCGUCACCCAGACCACGCGAAGGCGGGCGUGCUGUUCUGGGCGCACCACGAGAAGAUCGUGGUCGUCGACCAGACUGUGGCCUUCCUCGGGGGCAUCGAUCUCUGUUAUGGUCGCUGGGACGACCAUAGACACAGAUUGACCGAUUUGGGCAACAUAUCACAGCCGAAAACAUCGAUAAAAAUGAAGAAGAAAACUUCAAGCUCGCCCGGCGGGGGCGGGCUGUGUUACCCGCAAACCAAUGGGGUCGAAGCCGCAAUCGAAUUAGCUAAGACUUCGAAGGACAUCGUCAUUGGAUUGAAUGAACGAGCCCUUCAAGAAACUACCGACCUGAAUCAAAAUGAAGAUUCAGAAACGAACUCUGAAAAAACGGAUACGCCUCAAUCAAACCUACCAGUAUUGCAACCCGGCGACCAGCUACUAAUGCCGACGCACUCUACUGACUCCCCUGACUUACCGAUAUUCGACACGCGAGAAGUCCAAAAACGGAAUGUACUAAACAAAAUAACGGACAGAGGCAAAGACAUAAUCAGUAUAAUAUACCCACCGUACGAAGAGGAAAGGAAUGAGCAGAAAUUUGAUGACGUCGAAAGGAAGAAAGCUGAGAAAUACGCGCUGUCUAAUGAUCAAGUGUUGUUGACUGAGGCCUUGGGUAUACCUGCGGCUAAAGUCAGCAGGAAAGUGAGUAAACCGACGCCGUUAGCUCGAGUGGUGGACGGUCGGGUGAUCACUGAGAGUACGAAGGACGCGCUCGAGGGUCUCGAAGGAAAUUCGAAACUGUGGAUCGGGAAGGACUACACAAAUUUUAUUGUUAAGGAUUUCAAUAAUUUAGAUCUGCCAUUUGUAGACUUAGUAGACAGACACACAACACCCAGAAUGCCGUGGCACGACGUCGGCGUGAUGGUGCAGGAUGCCGCCGCGAGAGACGUCGCCAGGCAUUUUAUACAGCGGUGGAAUGCCAUCAAACUGGAGAAGGCACGACAGAACCCGAAUUAUCCGUAUUUAUUGCCAAAAUCAUAUACGGACAUAAAACCAUUACAAGAUCUGGACACGCAUCUCAAUGUCGACAUGGUCAAGGUCUCGUGUCAGGUACUCCGCAGCGUGUCGAGCUGGUCGUGCGGAUUCCUCGACCCGGAUACGGUGGAGCAGAGCAUCCACGAGGCGUACGUGGACACCAUCACGCGCGCGCAGCACUACCUCUAUAUCGAGAACCAGUUUUUCAUCACGCUCUCGCGCUCCAACCCCACCGUCAGGAACCAGAUUGGCGAAGCGCUAUUUAACCGUAUAAUGCGCGCCGUGCGAGCCGGGACGCGGUUCCGCGUGUUCGUGGUGAUGCCUCUAUUGCCAGGGUUUGAGGGCGAAGUAGGUGCGCCGUCCGGCACUUCGCUGCAUGCCGUCACGCAUUGGAACUACCAGAGCAUCUCCAGAGGCCCAGAAGCGAUCUUGACCCGUCUCCAAAAAGCUGGGGUCACCAACCCGUCCGACUACAUAACGUUCCACGGCCUCCGGACGCACUCCACCCUGGAGGAGGAGCCGGUCACCGAGCUGGUGUACGUCCACUCCAAGCUGCUGAUCGCCGACGACAAGACCGUCAUCUGCGGUAGUGCCAACAUCAACGACCGGUCUAUGGUCGGGAAGAGGGAUUCGGAGAUUGCGGUCAUAUUGCAGGAUGAAGAGUUCACGGACGGCGUGAUGAACGGCGAGUCGUUUCCUUGCGGGCGCGUGGCGGGUUCGCUCAGGAAGCGGCUGUUCAGGGAGCACCUGGGGCUCAUGGACGCCGACCUGGACGCCAUGGGGCUCUCGCUCGACGACCCCUGCUGCGACCACUUCUACAGGAACGUCUGGCAGGCCACCUCGCGGCAGAACACCGCUAUGUAUGAAGACGUAUUCCACUGUAUACCAACAGACGCGGUAGGUUCCUUCGCAGAACUGAAGAAGUAUCAAGAGGACAAUCGUGAAACGCUAUGGCACGUCGAUCGGGCGCUGGCGAAUAGAAAAAUAGACGUCAUACAAGGGUAUUUAGUGGAUAUGCCGCUCAACUUCCUGCACAAAGAAAGCCUGACACCCAGAAACACGUCGGUCGAAGGUAUCUUACCUACAGCUCUGUGGACUUAAUUACAAUUACAUAAGGACUAUAUUUGAUUGCACAAUGUGAUAGGAGCGUCAUAACUAUAUGUAAGCCGGCGUUAUAUAGUCGUUUAUAAUGCCUGGCGUUGAUGUGAAAGCGAAAUAAAUAUAUUGGAUUGCUAAUUAAUAAUAUAAUGAUUUGGCUUCUAGUUUUACGACCGGCCGCCUGCCUAACCUGCUCUUUGGCAAUGUAUAUGUUAGUGGCGCCUAUACAAGAAGUAAUGAUAUUUAAAAAAUUUGGUUAAAUGGUUAUUAUUAUUAUGCUUAUUAUCACUUUAGCCACUAUGCGUCCACUGCUGGACAUAAGCCUCCCUCAUAGACUAUCAUAAAGAACGGUCCUGAGCCACCUGCACCCACUGAUUCCCUGCAAUGCAUUUCAGGUCGUCACUCCAUCUAGUGGGGGUCGUUCUACACUGUUUAUUAUUAUUAUUUUUUAUACAACCUGAUGGAAAGUGGUAACCGUCGCCUAUAGACAUAAGCAGUACCAUGGACAUAACAGAGUAUACUGUUUCGCCCAUGAUAACUCCCAUGCGUUGCCAUUCCUGAGGACUCAGAUGUUAUUCCUCUGUACCCUAUAAAUUCACUGCCAUAUCCCACCCUUCAAAUCAAAACACAGCCAUGUAAACACAACUGCUUCACGGUUGAAACACGAAUAAUUCUGUUAGUAAAUAUUCCUAACUUAAAGUGAUUUACAAACGACGAUGUGUCCUAAUUGUGUUUUUAUUUAACUAUACAAUGAUUUGAACAUUUGUUUUUAUAUUAUAAUUUAUUUAUUUGAGAAUUAUAACAUGUUAUUAAUCAUUGCAUUUUCGUUAUUAGUGUUAAAUAUUGUUUAAUGUCUUCGGGCGUUUAAGCGCGAAAUAGUAUUCCAAUAGUACUCUAACAAUUAAGGAAUUAUUUAUUCGUAAAUAAUAUUAAUACGGUAUUGACAUUUUUUUUUUUAAAUAACAGCUAAUCGUUGUUUCAUUGAAUUCCUUCAUUAUAUUUUAAUUGUGUUUAGCAAUAAUUUAAUUUUAUAAUUAUUUAAGUAUCUUUUAAUACUACAAUUCAAAUCAAUACCAAUUAGAAAUGGGUAAUAUCCGAUAUCUAUAUAUUGACCACCCAUUGCGAUAUCGCCUAUACCAGUCAGAUAUCUAUAUUCAUUACGAGCGGGCCAAUAUAUGUACAGAUAUUGUAACUACAAUAUACUAUAUAUUACUAACCCUUAAUACCAGGGGGGAAAGGGAUUGUUAGUAAUGGAGACUGAGAAUCCCAUUGCUAGCAAUAUACCCAACCAGGUCGAUCUCCUCGCGGUUCCCCCUGGAAACUAUCAUGGUUAAUUACUGAUGAAUUCAUCAUGAUGGGCUAACUGGCCUGUUUUCAUUCUCAGCUAUCACCCUUCACUGGUGCCCCGCCAGCGUAUCCCGUUAGCGCAGGCGGGGUUACCAUACCAUUUUCACCCAUCAAAAAAAACCCUUAAUACCAAUAUCUGUUAACUACAUCCUAAUAUCAGUAUUUAGUACUUAGCCCCAACGAAUUAUGUAUUUUUUUUAAUUUUGACUUUUUUUACUAUUUUAAUAUAAACAUGUGCAAGAUUAUUUAUUACAAAUGACAAGUAACAUAAAACUUUAUUUAUAUUAUCUAUUUAUAUAUAUUUUGAAUAUCGAUGUAAUUAACAAUCAUGGAACAAUAAUGUUGCCAUAAUACUCUUUCGGGUGUAAUUUAAUUUAGUAAAUAAUUAAAACGCAUAAUAAAACAUUAAUUUGAAAUUAUAUUUACAUUAUAAUUAAUUUUUGUGACCAUAAUGACUCUAAAUAUUUACCUUUUUUAUUUAUAAUAUUGCGUUUAUUUUUUUAUUAAAGAAGUAGGCAUUUUAUACCGUCACGUAGAUAAAAUGAAAUUAAUAAAAAUGCUGUCUAUGUUUUAUAACUAUACUUUUUUAUAUAUGUUUAUUCCUAAUUUUCUUGUAUUUUUUUUAAUAAUAGACCUUCUGAGGAACUUUUCUAUUAUAAAAUGCCAUGUUUUUACUGUAAUUCCUUCUUUUUUUUCUGUCUUUAUUUUUAUUUAUUUAUUUUAUUUAUUUAACACUUUAUUGCACCAACAUAACAUGAUUUGUUAAAACAAUUUUCAAUACGUAUAGUGUAGUACAAAAGGCGGUCUUAUUGCUAAGCAAUCUCUUCCAGACAACCUUUGGGUAGAAAGGAUUAAAGCAUAAGUAGGUAGGUGGUGCGUUAAAAAAGAUAGAUUUGUAAAAAAUAAUAUUUGUGACAGCAUAGUCAUAUACAUAUACAUACAUAAAUAAACAUUGAAUAACAAAAGAGUUAGACCUAUCUAUGGUCAUACAAAUGUGUAAUAUAAUAAUUUCUUUUUCUUAUUUUUAAUUAUCUUCAAUUAUUUAUGAAUUAACACAUUUUAAUGUUAAUUAAUUAAUUAUUAUUCAUCAAUGUAUCUGUACUCACCGAUUUUAUCAUUCCUUUUUAAAUGAUAUUAUGCAUAUUUCACGUGUAAGUUCAGAUCCGAGAGAUUUUAUUUUAAUUGUACAUUGAAAUCCAGGGUUGAAUACGUUCUUAAGAUCUUCAAAUAAGGUGCUUUAGUAUUGUAUGAGAUUAUGUUUUAUUGUAACGUAUCAUUAAUACGUAAGUAUACAAGAUUAUAAAUAAGUAAGGAUAUUGUAAUGUUUUUUUUUUUACUGCUAAGAAAGUUCUUUUAUGUGACCUUAGUAACUUGUAUUUCUUUUUUAUCGUAAAAUAAUAUUUGAAAAUCUACACUAGAAUGUUAUGAUUGUGGAUUUAAUCCCUUUAUAAUGGCCCUUAUGAGUAUAUUUGUUUUGAUCUGUUUUUUUUUUUUUUUUUAUUUAAAAUAUUGUAUAUAUUUACAAAGUAGUAUUUAAAUGACAAUCAAUUGUGUAAUAUUUAUAGUAUAAGCUUUAUUUAGUAUUAUUAUAAGGACCAUAUUAGAACAAACUUACUCAGUAUACUAUAAAUUCUCAAAGUGUGAGGUUUAAAUGCCUUUAAACGAGUCCCGGGCAAUUUGUAUGGUAUAUGCAUGUGUGAAAUAGUAGAACUUAAAAUUGGUUUUUUUUUUUUUUAUUUUAAAUAAAGCGAAAUAAAUUUUUAAUGUCGAGCCUAACUCGCCCAACUUUAAAAACUACUACUACAUUAGAUAUAUCAAUAUUUAUAUUUGAAAAUAUAAUUGUUCAUUACUUAUUGUUCUUGUACAAAUUUCUGAUUAUUCUUCUAGACUUCUAGAUAUUUCUCUACUAAAAAUAAAUUCCUUUUUAAUAAUACGAUCUACCUCUAGUUGUAAUACUAAAUGGAAACUAAUUAAGUAACAUUAGAUAUAAAUGUUAACUCGGUGCUACGUAACUAUACUAACAAAUUAUAUUAAAAUAAGUCGUAACUGACGAGCGUGUAUGAAAAGAUUGAUGAAUGUGGUAGAGGCGAAAAAGGUCUGUAUGAAUUCGAGCAUUUGGCGUUCAAUUAUUUCUACUCAACCCAAUAGGAGACGGGUGUGACAGAUAUGUAUGUUUUUCUUUGAUACAAUUUAGAAUGGCAAACAAGCUGAUGGAAAGUGGUAACCGUCGCCUAUAGUAUGUGUGAAGACAUUACAAUACAACUCUUUUAUACUGUUACUUUUAUAUUACUACAACUCGUGUGAGAGUGUCUCCCUUUAGUGUCAAAAUUUUUAGUAUUAUUGACAAAAAAGCGAUUUUAGUUUUCAAUCGACUUCAAAAAGAAGGAUGUUCUCGAUUUUAUUCUUUUUUUUUAUGUUUGUUACCUCAUAACUCAGUCAAGUGUAAACCGAUUUGGAAUAGUCUUUAUUUAUCGGAAAAAAAAUCUCACAGAGUGGUCCCAUAGAAAUUUUAUCAAAAUCAGUUUAGUAGUUUACUUUUCAGAUAAAAAUAACUGUUUAUAUUAUGUAUUAUUACAAUUUAACUUUUUUUUUGUUCUUCGCACAAUUUUUAAUUGUAUGGAAUCAUAUCCUUACACUUGCAAUUGUGUAUGUAUACUAGAUUUUAAGGGUAUGUUAGUAGUUUUAAUUUUAAACUCCGAAGGUCUUGCUUCUUAAGGCAGGUACGCCACCUGUGCAAAAUUUCUUACUCAUACCUCUACGAUAUAAAUUUAAUAAUUUACUUAACUUUUUACCAUCAUCAUAUGGACCUCUAACUGUUCACUGCUGGACACAUGUCUCCUCCUUAGGGGGUUUUGCCAGUACUUACCACGCUUGGUAGGCGGAUUGGCAACCGCAUAUAGGCUUUGGAGAUGUUUUAAGAGGGACGCUGCUGCCCAUCCCUCGCCCUCCAUUAGUCGCCUCUUACGACACCCGCGGGAAAGGAAGAGAUGGCCUAUUUUGUUCAGGGAUCACACAGCCAUUUACCAUGUAAUGCUGAAAUCGAAAACAAUUGAUAUUAGUGAUUUAUAUUUUAAAUAUUACAAACUGAGUACAAAACGGGCAUUCCAAAUCUACCGUUAUUAUUCCUUGCAUUUCCUUAAAUUCAUCUCCUUGUCUUUAAUUAUUACAUUACCUUUUAAUAAUAAUGACUAUUUAGUAAAUAAUUUUAUAAAGUGCCUAUAUUUAUUUAGAUUUUUAUGUAUUUAGUUGAUAUAAUGGAUAAUUACAUGUGUUUUACUUGUUUCUAUGUGUUUUUGAUCUAUUAAUGCAUAUUGUAUUGAAUGUGUUGAAUUAAAAAAUUAUUUACAAAA